AUGUAUUAAUUAGUCUUUUCAUUUAUAAGUUUCGUUUUGUCUCAAGAUGAUUUGAUAUCAGUAUAAGUGGUUUGGAGACAUGGAGCUAGAAAUUAUUUCAUUGUAAUUGGAAUUGCAUAGCGGAUUAGCCUAGAGGAGAUGAAGCAGUCUUAACUCCAACAGGGAUGAGAAAAUAAUAUGUAUUAGGGAAAUGGUUAAGAGAGAGAUACAUAAUUGAGAAUUAAUUAUUUUUAUCGAGCAAGUUUAAUGAAAAUGAGAUCUUUAAAGAAAGUUCUGAUGAAAAUAGGUGUGCUUAAUCUAUAUCUAAGAACUUUAACAAGUGCAUAUUGCAAUUUAUAAGGUAUGUAUCCAGAUGGUCCUUCUAUACCUCAUUUUUAGAAAGAAAAUGAAUCAUUAUUGUUACCGCCAAAUUAGGGUGCUUAGAUUUCAAAAGAAAUAGGUGAUGAUGCAUUACCUCAUAAAAAUUAACUCAUUCCAAGUCAUACAAAAUAGAAGCCACUCCUUUAGGAAAUUGUCAUUUAAUGUCCAAAAAUGAAUGCAAAAAAUAAAGAAACGCAGCUUUACAAAGAAGUGAAUGAUGCAACUGCACAACUUUAUGAUGACUUUAAUACAUAAUUAAAUUUAUAAGGAGAAGAAACGGUUAAUGAUAUUAUAGAGUUUUCACAUUGGAAGGAUACAUUUAUUUUUAAUAGAUAAAAUCUUAAUAAUUAAAUUUUAUUAUACAAUGGAGAUCCAUUGCCACCAAAUCUGAAAGCUAAGACUCUAUAAUAACUUGAUGAUUUAGCAAACUUAGCAUAAUCUCUUGAAAGAUUCUAAACUUUAGAGUACAAAUGAUACGUUAUUCAAUUAGUUAAGUGAAAAUCUAAUCAACUCCUUAUUUUUAAAGAUUAAUUGAAAAUUUUGACUCUGCUUUAAAUGGAAGUUAAUACUUUAAAUAUUUUGGAUCAUCUGCACAUGAUACUACACUUGGUUGUUUAUUAUNGGGGUAACCAUAAUUAUUACUAAUUAAUGUUAGCAAACAAAUCCUAAUUAGAAUAAUAUAUAUGUAUUAAUUAGUCUUUUCAUUUAUAAGUUUCGUUUUGUCUCAAGAUGAUUUGAUAUCAGUAUAAGUGGUUUGGAGACAUGGAGCUAGAAAUUAUUUCAUUGUAAUUGGAAUUGCAUAGCGGAUUAGCCUAGAGGAGAUGAAGCAGUCUUAACUCCAACAGGGAUGAGAAAAUAAUAUGUAUUAGGGAAAUGGUUAAGAGAGAGAUACAUAAUUGAGAAUUAAUUAUUUUUAUCGAGCAAGUUUAAUGAAAAUGAGAUCUUUAAAGAAAGUUCUGAUGAAAAUAGGUGUGCUUAAUCUAUAUCUAAGAACUUUAACAAGUGCAUAUUGCAAUUUAUAAGGUAUGUAUCCAGAUGGUCCUUCUAUACCUCAUUUUUAGAAAGAAAAUGAAUCAUUAUUGUUACCGCCAAAUUAGGGUGCUUAGAUUUCAAAAGAAAUAGGUGAUGAUGCAUUACCUCAUAAAAAUUAACUCAUUCCAAGUCAUACAAAAUAGAAGCCACUCCUUUAGGAAAUUGUCAUUUAAUGUCCAAAAAUGAAUGCAAAAAAUAAAGAAACGCAGCUUUACAAAGAAGUGAAUGAUGCAACUGCACAACUUUAUGAUGACUUUAAUACAUAAUUAAAUUUAUAAGGAGAAGAAACGGUUAAUGAUAUUAUAGAGUUUUCACAUUGGAAGGAUACAUUUAUUUUUAAUAGAUAAAAUCUUAAUAAUUAAAUUUUAUUAUACAAUGGAGAUCCAUUGCCACCAAAUCUGAAAGCUAAGACUCUAUAAUAACUUGAUGAUUUAGCAAACUUAGCAUAAUCUCUUGAAAGAUUCUAAACUUUAGAGUACAAAUGAUACGUUAUUCAAUUAGUUAAGUGAAAAUCUAAUCAACUCCUUAUUUUUAAAGAUUAAUUGAAAAUUUUGACUCUGCUUUAAAUGGAAGUUAAUACUUUAAAUAUUUUGGAUCAUCUGCACAUGAUACUACACUUGGUUGUUUAUUAUCAGCCUUAAAUUUAACAAGUGCUUAAUGCUAGGCUGAUAUUUAUUUAUAAAAGAAUAUUAAAUAAAAUAAGUGUAUGACUAACGAAUUUAUAUUUAAUAUAUUGAAUAUUAUGUAGAAUUUGUUACAAUUUUGAUAUCUGAACUUUACAAUAGCAUAAAUAAUGGGCCUUUUGUUAAAGUACUUUAUAAUGGUGAGUAUGUUCCAAUAUGGUCAGAUUUUGCUAAAACUUGUGAAUAUGCAAGAUUUCGUUCAAUUAUUACAGCAUAUUUAGUAGAUUAUAAAAAAUAAUGUUUAUAAUCAGAUGAGGAGACCUAUCCUGUAUUUAUGAUUCAUUUAUAUAAUUAGACUUCUUAUUAAACUCCAAAAUGGGCAUAUAUUGUUUUUAUUAAAGUUAUUCUAUUCCUUAUUAUGGUAUUAAGUGCGAUACUAUAUUUAAGAUAGAAAAUAGGUUAAAAAGAUUAGAAUUGA